GAGGCGGUCUGGUGCGGGGCCACGCCCUCUGGUGGCCCCCGAGGUUGGUUGCACGGCCGCCGGGGAAGGAUACGCUGCCCUUCCGCAGCGAUGGGAUCCCGGCUCCGUGGAGGGACCCUGUGGUCUGUGUGUCCCUGUUCUUCUGGGGUGUGGACAGUGCUUGGGACCCAGCCAGCAGCCAGUUGAAGACAUCCUCUUUGGAAGCCGUUGGCCCUGUGGGCUCUUGCCUGGGGUGCUGGUCCUGUCAUGGCGUUCCGGAGGACCGAGGGCAUGUCUAUGAUCCAGGCCCUGGCCAUGACAGUGGCUGAGAUCCCUGUGUUCCUAUACACGACUUUUGGGCAGUCAGCAUUCUCACAGCUGCGGUUGACGCCAGGCCUGCGGAAGGUCCUCUUUGCCACGGCUCUAGGGACCGUGGCCUUGGCCCUGGCCGCCCACCAGCUGAAGAGGCGACGGCGGAGGAAGAAGCAAGUCAGCCCGGAGAUGGGAGGAGAACAGCUAGGCACACUGCCCCUCCCCAUCCUGCUGGCCAGGAAGGUCCCAUCGGUGAAGAAAGGCUACUCCAGCCGGAGAGUACAGAGCCCCAGUAGCAAGAGCAAUGACACUCUCAGUGGCAUUUCUUCCAUCGAGCCCAGCAAGCACUCAGGCUCCUCCCACAGCUUGGCCUCGAUGGUGGCAGUGAACUCAUCCAGCCCCGUGGCAGUCUGCUCGGGACCAUGGGAUGCCAGAGGGAUGGAAGAAUCAGUGGCUGCCAGCGAUGGGAACGCUGAAAGCCUCUACAUGCAAGGCAUGGAACUAUUCGAGGAGGCUCUGCAGAAGUGGGAGCAGGCGCUGAGCGUGGGGCAGAGGGGAGAGAGCGCCAGCACCCCCAUACCAGGGGACAGCCUUCAGAACCCAGAGAUGGCUUCAGAGGUGCUAUCCGAGCAGGAGUCGCAGCGAAGGGAGUUUGCAGAGAAGCUGGAGUCGCUGCUGCGCCGUGCCUACCACCUGCAGGAGGAGUUUGGCUCCACCUUCCCGUCGGACAACAUGCUGCUGGACCUCGAGAAGACCCUCAUGCUGCCCCUGACUGAGGGCUCACUGCAUCUACGGGCCGAUGAUGAGGACAGCCUGACCUCGGAGGAUUCCUUCUUCUCAGCCACUGAGCUCUUUGAGUCCCUGCAGAUUGGAGAUUACCCAAUCCCACUCUCCAGGCCGGCUGCUGCCUACGAGGAGGCCCUGCAACUGGUGAAGGAGGGGAAAGUACCUUGCCGGACCCUUAGGACAGAGUUACUGGGCUGCUACAAUGACCAGGACUUUCUGGCCAAGCUGCAUUGUGUCCGACAGGCCUUCAAGGGACUCCUGGAAGACAACAGUAACCGGCUCUUCUUCAGGGAGGUUGGCCGGCAGAUGGUGACUGGCCUGAUGACCAAGGCUGAGAAGAGCCCCAAAGGCUUCCUGGAAAGUUACGAGGAGAUGCUGAGCUACGCCCUGAGGCCCGAGACCUGGGCCACCACACGGCUGGAGCUGGAGGGCCGUGGGGUGGUGUGCAUGAGCUUCUUUGACAUCGUGCUCGAUUUCAUCCUCAUGGACGCCUUCGAGGACUUGGAGAACCCGCCGUCCUCAGUUCUUGCUGUCCUGAGGAACCGCUGGCUGUCUGACAGUUUCAAGGAGACGGCCCUGGCCACUGCUUGCUGGUCGGUCCUGAAAGCCAAGAGGAGGCUGCUGAUGGUGCCUGAUGGCUUCAUCUCCCAUUUCUACUCCGUAUCGGAGCAUGUUAGCCCUGUCCUAGCCUUCGGCUUCCUUGGGCCCAAGCCACAGCUCUCUGAAGUCUGUGCUUUCUUCAAGCACCAGAUCGUGCAGUACCUGAGGGACAUGUUUGACCUGGACAACGUGCGCUACACGUCAGUGCCGGCGCUGGCAGACGACAUCCUGAAGCUGUCACGGCGCCGCAGCGAGAUCCUGCUCGGCUACCUGGGAACACCAGUGGCCAGCACCAUCGGCCUGAAUGGGACACUGCCCCGAGAAAACGGGCCCCUGGAGGGACUGCAGUAGAGCAGCAUGGCUGACAGGGAGGGGGGCUGCCUGGGCCUCCUUCUUAUGGCUGGUGGCAGAGAGAGGCUACCCCUCCCCUCUUCUGGGUUGGCAUCAAAGGGCCUGGGUCCCCCAGGGGCUGCCCUAAUGGGUGUCCAUGGGUGGCAAAGCCCAGACCAUGGUUCAUCAUCUGGCAAUCCUCAAGGCCCAGAGGCAAUCUUCCUUGGAGAUGCUAGGGCCUGGAGUGGGGUCCCGCCUACUGGAACCCUGACUGUCCUCAGCUAUCGCUGAGGGGAAAGCAGCGGCUAGAACCAGUGGCUCGUCGGGCCUGAGGGAGAGGAAGGCGGAGAGAGAGCGAGAAGGGAAGAGAGGAGGGAGGGAAAGGUGUUUACAUGGAGGAGUAGAAUUGGGAUAGGCAGAGCCGGGAGGCCCUAGGGGCUGCUGACAGAAACACUAGCAGUGGAGCUAGGAGGGUGGAGGUGGAAGAUGGGAGGGCACUGUGCUAAAGGUCAGGGUGUCCUGACCGAGAAUGAAUCUGGGGGUGGAUGGCCUCAGAGUCCAGGCCUCUGGCAGACAAUCCUGACUAUCCCACCACCUGCUACUAGCCUAGAGUGUUUGCAACUCCAGAGAGGAGGGUGGGGCCACAGAGUAAGGGCUAGGGGAACAGGGCACCUUCAUGGGUGGCAGGCCUAGACCAUCCAGAGGGUGCCAGGGAGAGCUGGUGUCUCUCCUGUGCUCAUAUCUGGGCAAGGGCUGGGCCCUUGACAACCCCAAGCACCGAAAGGUCCACUCACAUUCCUUCACCCUGCCAAAGAUUGUGUCCUCUCCACCACCACCCCACCAAAGAUGGGACGUGGUGGGGCUGCGUGCCCCCCUCCCACCCACCUCUCUGUGAGUCAGGAACUCCCUGGGUGAUCCUAGGCUCUGAGCUGGGGGCCCUUGCCAGCACUCUCAGGCACCUGUGCUGCCAUCACGGUGACCCCAGGAAUGAGGGGGCCCAGGGACCACAGGGGAGAAGUCAGGAUGUCUGGAGCAGCUCCCCGACCCUCAUUCAGACAAGAAACUUCGAUAGUGCGGAUUUUCCGGCACUUGCCUUCAACUCAACGCACAAAUGCUCUCAAAGCUGGUAGCUUGUGCAGAGCCCUCGUCCAGGGUGGCGCUGCCCCGCUGAUCCUGCAGAGGAAGUCCUGUUAGCAUUUGUCCUGCAGCUCCAUCCCCACACUGACAGGCUCCUGUCAGCCCUGCAGACUCACUACAGUGUUUUCACCUGAGCUGGGAUGUUUUAUUUAUUGCCUUAACACUUUAUUUUAAGACUGCCCUUCCCAGGUUGAGAGACCUGCAGGAGAAAUGGAUCUGCUGGCUUUCCAUACUCUGGAGUUUGGACUAGCUCCUCAGACCUGGGUCCCUCUCCCCUGAAUGUAAAGGAUGUCCGAGGAGUGGGGUGAUCAUGCCCAUGUGGGACAGAAGGGUGCACAGAAGGGAGAGGGUAACAUUGGGCAUGGCUUUGUCUCUGAGACUGUCCUGGUGCACAUCCUCCGGUUCCCUGACUGGAGGACCACUGGGCACUGAUGAUAGCUCUGGCCCCACGUCCACGCAUGAGGCUGAUGCCCAGGAGGGACCAGCCUCCUGGGCAGGAAGGAACCCAGAAGGCCCCCCGUCCAUUCCUGACGUUCCGUUCAUCUGCACUUAGCCUGCUCUGUGAAUGUAUUCUUGGGCCUGAAUCCCAGCCCACUCUGAUUUGCUCCUGAGUUACACAGAAGUGGCAUUUUCAUUUUGUCUUUGUUUACACGUCCACGCACUGACUCUGGCACUCAGUUUGUUGCAGCUUCCGACUUUUGUACGGUAGAGUGUGUGCGCCGAAUGUGAGUCAAAUAAACGAUUUCCUUCCACGUGGCGGUACUGCUGGGCA